UUUAAAAUAAGACAAAUCUGAUAUUAUUUAAUCUUAUUUAACAGUUGAGACUGUUAUUUAAUGCUAACCAGCAAAUCCCAGUUGUGCAGAUGGGGUGCUAUUAUAGCCUAUUCUAUAGCCUAAUUUUAUAAAUUCUUUUGAGAAACCAUGAGAAAAGGGCGACUAAUGACUCACAGUCAAUCUUCAGAAAUUAUGAAUUAUUAUAUUUUUAACUAGCCUACGCUGUAUAGCCUAGCUGUAUGAUGUGUUUGCUAUCAAACUCAAAACAUUGUAUAGGCUAUUUUUAAUGAUUAAAAAUGCCAUUUUUUAUUAUUUUUGUAUUAAUUAAUUUUUUGGACAUAAUGUUUUAGUUUAGAUAUUUUUUUAUUAUAUAAGGUAACAUUUUAAGCUGUCAUUUGGUCAUGUUAAUCUUAAUGCGCCUCACCUUUGGGGCAUGUUGUCACAAUUCACUUCUAAGAAAAAAGUAUCCUAUAGGCUAUAGAAAUUAUAAGGACUCACCUUUUCGUUUCAUGAGAUAGGCCUAGCAUUUGCGAUCUGAUUUGUUUUUGCCAGUUCUCAGUUAUUAAAGUCUAUAUAGUUAUUUUGAGAUAAAUGCUUAUAAAUAUGUAUUUAUUGAAUUAUUUUAUUUAGUGAUCUAUCAGUUCAUCAGAUCUUCUAUGAUGUGUGGGCACACAUCGACAGAAACAUUGGAAACAUCAAAUUAAAUGCGCUGAGUUUGAAAUUGUAAAUCACACGUCAUUCACAUUCUACCGCUUAUUGUUGACUAUUUAUAGGCCUACACCCCUAAAUGUUCCCGUUUCUUCCCGCCCGGUAUUUUAUCAAAAAUGGCAGUAACAACCAAAAGUGUUUAGAAAUAUUUUGAGAAAACCAUUAAAAUUAUUCCACACAGGGGCGUAACUACAGACAGUGCAGGCAGUGCAGCCAAGGGGGCCCAUCGUAAUAGCCUGCACUGGGGCCCAUCAUUAUUAAGUUACGCCACUGGAUACACCCAGAGGCUUUUAAACUCGUCCUCUCACACAUGAGCAGUCAGUUCAAGAGCGUCCCAUUGACUUAAGAUGGAUCCGUGUACAAUGAUCGCAGCUGGUGCAGGAGCAGCCGUAGCAGUUGUUGCAGCUCCUGCUGUUCUAGCAGGGGCCGGUUUCACCGCCGGAGGAAUUGCUGCAGGUUCAAUUGCCUCCACUUUGAUGUCAGCUGCCGCCAUGGCUAACGGAGGAGGGGUCGCAGCUGGAGGCGUGGUCGCAGCUCUUCAAGCCGCUGGUGCUGCUGGAAUCCCUAUCGCAGCUAAUGCAGUGAUAGGUGCCAUAGGAGCCACUGUGGGUGGAGCUAUGGGUGGAACACUGAUAUGCAGUGCAGGAGCUGCAGGUGCUGCAACAAUCCCUGCCGCAGGCGGAGGCAUCGGAGCCGCCGUGAGCGCAGUUGCCGGCUUAAUUGCCAACUGCACUGGUGGUAAACCAGAGCCAUCUGAGAGAAGGCGCUUUGCUCGUCUGAUCCUGUCUGUGGUGUCUCCAUACUUCUUUCCUCCCUACACUUUCCAGAUCAGAGUGGGAGGGCUUUUUCUGCUCUACGGGCUCUUCAACUCACAACUCGUCACUCCCAGAGAGAAGAUCCGCAUUUCUCUGAAGGACUGGAAGGAUGUCAUGCAGUUUCAGAGGGAUGCAGUGAACGCUCAACAUUAUGAUGUGGUUUACAUCUUCCGGAAGCUCCUUACAGAUAAAGCUUUCUACUUCACGGCCAUGCCAAUACCACUCUUUUAUAGGGAAAAGAAGGAAGAUGGAAGGAAAAUGAAAAUCUGUGAAGAGUUUGUUGAUCCGUCAUCACGUCCUCAGGAACUUGUCACCACAGACAUGCUAGAGGAAAUUGCAAAUAUCCACGAGCAUUAUGAGGGUCUAAAGAAAUCUGUUUUCGCUGAGCCAGACCCAAACCUGGAUCUUAUCCAAAAAAACCUGGUUCCCAAACUAAACGGUGCCAUCCUCACCUAUUCCAGUUGGCAGUGGAACCGUACGGAUUCUGAGCAGCAGGAUGGUGGAGAGGGACCUUCAAAUCAAGAAAGCUCCCGAAGAGCCCAACUGUUAGCGUCAAUCAAAUCCAAAUCAUAUGGACAAGCUGUGGAGGCCUCCAAGUCUCGACGUCACAGACAGACACAGUUGGCCCCAGCAGCCGAAGCAGAGUUUUCACAAAAGGUCACCUCAAAAAAGAAGCGAAAACCAUCACUUAAAACGCGCACUCAAUACCUCUUCAACACUCAGGGAAAUGAGAGUGAGGGGUUGAAUGUGACCCGGGUGUGGUGUAUGAGUGCAGUGAAAGAAGAGAAGGCACCAGAAAAAAGGAAGAAAAAAUUCAACUGGAACCCUGAGAAGAGCAGCGAUCCCACUUAGCAUUACGCACCACCAUCUGGACGGACUGUGAUUGGCGGGCCGCCCAGUGUUAAAAGCUAUUGUGAUUUGUGCCUCAAGAUCCAGUUUCAUUUUAUUUGUUUCAUGUAAUUUUAAACUUUGCUGUUCUUUGGUUAAAAGUUCACAUUUUACAUGUUUUUUUAAUGCUGCUCUUUAGAUCAUUUUAUUUUGUAUUUUAAUAUUUGGCCUCAGAAUACAUUUGAUGUUUGUGAAAAAACUGACAUUUUUAUAUGAAUAAUUAUUGUUUUUAAAUUGACAUGUUCAUGAGUAGCUAGUUACAAUGUUUAGUUUUUUUGUGAACUAUAUUUUAUUGUUUUAUAUGAUGUUAAUGAUUUUAUCAUAAUUCAAAAUCUGUUUGGCUCACUCUGUUCUUCUUUUGUUCAGUCCAAUUUCUGUUGUGUUUGUGCCAGAUAAUACAUCUUUUAUAUGCA